AUGACUGCCAACAAUGAGGCUAUCACCUGGGAGUCUUUCAAGAAGGCUUUCAUGGAUAAGUACUUCCCUGAGACUGCUCGGGAAGAGAUGGAGAACCAAUUCCUCAGGCUGAGACAGGGGACAAUGACUGUAGGAGAAUAUGCUGCCAAGUUGGAGGCUUUGUCCAAGCAUUUCCGUUUCUUCCAGACGCAAGUGGAUGAGGGUUACCUCUGCAACAGGUUCUUGAGGGGUCUGAAGAAUGAGAUUGAGAAAGCUGUUAGGCCAUUGGGGAUCAAGGUUUAUCAACAUGUGGUUGAGAAAGCCCGGGAAGUGGAAUCAAUGGAGAAUAGACAUAGAGGCCAACCUGAUAAUGGAGGACCAGUUCGCUUAGGACAGAGUCAACUAGGAAGGUACAAUGGUCAGAAACAAGACGGAAGAUUUGACAGGGGCAAGGCGCUGAUGAAGAAGCCUUAUCAGCGUCCUGCUGACAGAGUACCAUUUGCUGGAAGGGGUGCAACACCUGCUCCUAAGGACGAUGUUAUUUGCUUCAAGUGCAACCAAAAGGGGCAUUAUGCGAACGAAUGUGGCAAGGAGAUUGUUUGCUGGAAGUGUAAGAAACCAGGUCACGUUGAGAGAAACUGCCCCAAUGUUGCAAAGGUCGAGCCAGUGCUGAAUACGGCUAGAGGAAGGCAACCUUCUGCUCCAGGUCGUGUGUUCGCAAUCUCGGGCGAACAAGCUGCAGUGACAGAUGAUCUUAUCCAGGGUACGUGUGUUAUCGCUGGAACUUCAUUAAUGGUGUUAUUUGAUUCUGGUGCUACGCACUCAUUCAUUGCUGAGGAGUGUGUGAAGAAGUUAGGAUUGCUAACUGCUGACUUACCGUUCGAUUUGGUGGUGACGACCCCUGCCGCCGAUCGAUUAGUUACGCACACGACAUGCUUGCAGUGUCUGUUGAUCUACGAGGCUCGGAAGUUCUUUGUGAACCUCGUCUGCUUAGGGCUUAAGGAGCUCGAUGUGAUUCUGGGAAUGAAUUGGUUGGCACAGUAUCACGUUCUCUUGGACUGUGCUAACAAGGCCGUAGUUUUUCCGGAUUCAGGCGUUACAAAUUACUUGAAUUCGUACACCUUGGGGAAGAGUUCCCCAGCAUUCGUGAAUUCUAUUGCAGCGGAAGCGAAGAACGACGACGAUGUACGCAAUAUUUUGGUGGUACGAGACUUUGUGGAUGUGUUUCCAGAAGAUGUGCCCGGAUUACCGCCAGUAAGAGAAACAGAGUUCUCUAUUGAUAUUAUGCCCGGCACGGGACCAAUAUCAAUGGCGCCUUAUCGGAUGGCACCAGCAGAGUUGACGGAAUUAGCAAAGCAGUUGGAUGAUCUCUCUUCAAAGGGAUUUAUCCGACCAAGUGUGUCGCCGUGGGGAGCACCUGUGAUGUUGGUGAAGAAGAAGGAUGGGAAGGCCAAACUAUGUGUGGAUUACCGACAACUCAACAAGUUGCGAAAGUACAUGGCUGAUGAUUCUCAUGUUCCCGAACCUGAUGACAUUUAG